UCGCCAUUCUACUUCUCCUCUCAUCUUUUUUCACCUUUAUCCUAAACGGAAACAGAAGACACGGAACAACAAUGAGUUUCCGAGAUGAUAACACCGAGGACGGGCUUCGGAAGCCCUUGCUGCAUACCGGUAGCUGGUACCGGAUGAGCUCCCGCCAGUCCAGUAUGAUGGGAUCCUCAGCCCAAAUCCUCCGCGAAUCUAUCUCCAUUUAUCUUUGUGUUCUCAUUGUUGCAUUAGGCCCAAUUCAAUUUGGCUUCACUUGUGGCUACUCUAACCCUACCCAAUCCGAAAUCACCAGCGACCUUAGACUUACCAUUUCAGAGUUCUCGAUCUUUGGAUCUUUAGCAAAUGUUGGUGCAAUGAUUGGCGCAAUUGCAAGCGGUCAAAUAUCAGAAUACAUUGGACGAAAAGGGACUCUAAUGAUUGCAUCAAUUCCUAAUAUUAUUGGAUGGCUUGCCGUUUCAUUUGCCACUGAUGUCUCAUUUUUAUAUAUGGGAAGGCUGUUGGAAGGUUUUGGUGUCGGCAUUAUUUCCUAUGUGGUGCCUGUAUAUAUAGCAGAGAUUUCACCUAAAAACAUGAGGGGAGUUCUUGGAUCCAUUAACCAGCUCUCUGUAACAGUGGGGAUUAUGCUGGUAUAUCUGUUGGGAUUAUUUGUAAGCUGGAGAGUGCUUGCUGUUAUAGGAAUGUUACCAUGCAUGGUUUUGAUACCUGGUCUAUUUUUUAUACCUGAAUCUCCUCGUUGGUUGGCUAAAAAUGGGCUGAAUGAAGAUUUUGAAACUUCUUUGCAAGUUCUACGGGGAUUUGACACAGAUAUAUCCUCAGAAGUGAAUGAGAUCAAGAAAUCUGUGAGAUCAUCAACUAAAAAAGCUACCAUUCGGUUUUCUGAGCUUAAGAUACGGCGAUAUUACUAUCCUUUGCUGGUAGGUAUUGGACUACUCGCACUCCAGCAACUCAGUGGAGUUAAUGGUGUUUUAUUCUAUUCCAGUAACAUCUUCAAAUCAGCUGGAAUAUCAUCCAGUAAAGCAGCAACAUUUGGUAUUGGGGCUAUUCAGGUCAUCGUCACUGGUAUCUCUGCAUCACUGGUGGACAAGGCGGGACGCAGGCUACUCCUCAUUGUAUCCUCAUCUGUAAUGACUGCUAGCAGCUUGCUUGUUGCAAUGUCAUUCUUCCUGAAGGAGUUCACCCCUGAAAAUUGGCAUUCAUUCUUUGCAGUAUUGUCUCUGGUUGGACUUGUGGCCUUGGUGAUGGCAUUUGGUGUUGGAUUGGGAUCCAUACCUUGGAUCAUAAUGUCUGAGAUUCUGCCUGUAAGCAUCAAAAGUCUGGGUGGCAGUGUUGCAACUUUGGCCAAUUGGUUUUCAGCAUGGAUUGUUACAAUGACAGCAAAUUUGCUUUUAACUUGGAGUAAAGGAGGAACAUUCGCUAUCUAUGCACUGGUAUCAGCUUUUACGGUGGUUUUUGUGAAGCUUUGGGUUCCAGAAACCAAAGGAAAAACACUGGAAGAAAUUCAGCAGUCCUUCAGAUGAUACAAAAUAAAAUUGAGGAUGUAAGGAACUGCUUGAGACACUUGUUAUAAACGCAAGGUCGUUCUAGGUGAACCAGAUGCCCUGCCUUGUCUAUGCCAUGAAAUGUAGUCUUCUCACCCAGUUGACUGGCAUCAAGUAAAGCAAAACAAUCAGGUUUAUUCAAAUUCUCUGUGGCACUUGUACUAAAUUAUUGUUGUUGUAGUAGUUUGAAUUAUAUACAUGGGCCAUAUAUCAAAAUGGUGCAUUAUUGAACUACUUAUUACUAUAACUUCUAUGUUAAAAAGUUUCUAAUGUGAGAUCUUGUAUACUACUCCUGGAGCUCAUAUGUUUGUUUGAGUAUAUAAUAUAAGCCUGAAAACUUACUGUUUCA